AUGGGUGGGGGGCAGGCUGUGCCCCAGGGUCCCAUCCCACACCAUGCUCUAUGGUCAGCUCUGCCCAGCUGCCCUGAGCCUGUUCCCAGGGAACCUGGGCUGCCCCACUGCUCGCAGCUGGAAGCUUGGUGGGACAGGACAAAUGUGUCCCUGCUGUGGGGCCUUGGCUGGCUAGCACGGGCAGUGAUGGGUGAGAAGCAGACAGGGAGAUGGCAGUGGGCAGUGGGGCAGAGCAGCGUUGGAUCCAGUGCCUGUGAGGACAUGGCACUGCAUGGCCCUGCCCAUAUUUGGUGCCUUUUGUAUCAUAAAAGACUCUGCAGCGUUGUUGCCUGCAGUGUUGCUGGAGCUGCGCUCCCCAGGAUGAAGUUUUUGAGGCCUUUUCCACAGCUGGAGCUUGGGCAGAACCCAGCUAUGGAGCAAAUACAGACUUCUCUCCCAUGUGUGUCCAACUCCUUUGCUAGCACGGGACUGUGUGGAACAUGGGGGCAGAGGAGCAGCUCAGCCCUGAGCCUGCCCAGCAGGAACACCCUGCCAGAUGUGUCCUGGCAGCUGGCAUGCCUGGCACAGCAAAGUACAGCUGGGGCAGACCCUUGGGGUUGCGGCUCCCCUCGUGCCCCAGAGCCUCCUCCAGCAGGGAGCUCCUGGCUCAGUGGAGUCUUUAUCACAGCACCUGCACGAGGAUCAAGGCACAGAGAGCGCCAGGCAUGCGCAGGGAGGGCAGCACUGCCAGGCAUGGAGAGAACCACGGUGCUGAUCACAGGCUGCUCCUCAGGCAUCGGCCUGGGGCUGGCUGCACGCCUGGCAGCCGACACUGCUCGCCGCUUCAAAGUUUAUGCCACCAUGCGUGACCUGGCCAAGGGUGAGCGGCUGCUGGAGCGCCUGGGGGGCUGCUGCCCCGACACGCUGGAGCUCCUGCAGCUCGAUGUCACUGACCCGUGCUCGCUGGCAGCUGCUGCACAGCGGGUGCAGGGACAGCAGCUGGAUGUGCUGGUCUGCAAUGCAGGGAUGGGACUGAUGGGACCGCUGGAGACCUGCUCCGAGCAGGCCAUGAAAACUCUCUUCGAUGUGAACGUUUUUGGGGCUGUCCGCACCAUCCAGGCCUUCCUGCCUGCCAUGAAGAGCUGCAGGGCUGGGCGGAUCAUUGUCUCCAGCAGCAUCGGGGGGCUGCAAGGGCUGCCCUUCAAUGCCGUGUACUGUGCCAGCAAGUUUGCAGUGGAGGGGCUGUGCGAGAGUCUGGCCAUUGUCCUGCGCCCCUUCAACAUCCACCUGACGCUGGUGGAGUGCGGGCCGGUCCUCACCAGCUUCCUGGACAACCUGCAGCGCCCAGACCCUGAGGGCAGCGAGAUGCGGGACCUGGAUGCCGAGACACAGGGGCUGUACCGCCGGUACCUGGGGCACUGUCAGAGCAUCUUCCGCGACACGGCCCAGGAGGUGGAGGAGGUCCUGCCGCUGUUCCUGGAGGCCAUCGGCAGCCCCUGCCCACCCCUUCGCUGCGCCAGCACCCAGCUCCUCGCCCCGCUCUGGCGCCUGCGGCUGAGCAGCCCCGACGGCUCCGCGUACGUCCGCGCCAUGCACGACUUCGUGUUCGGCGGCAGCGAGGCUGGCGGAGACCAUCCCUGAGAGGAGCCACGCCAACACCGGAACCGCUGCCACGCGAACCCCCAGCCCGGGCCCGGGCCCGUUCGCGUGCUCGGUGCCGCCGUGUCCCCAAUAAAGCCCUUUGCAGCCAC